UAGCGUUCAGUAACCCAGAGGAAGAAGAUCUAGUUGAGAUUUCCAAGGAAGAAAAAACGGAUGGCGUGCUUCGCUUGGUCGUUCAAGCGAAGCAUCCAGUACGAGAACGCAUUUGCAUGAAAGCGGACGUUGCAGUAACGCUUUCCUUCGCAGCCGUUUUAGACACUCUCAAUGUCGGAGCACUAAAUGAUGCCAUUGUCAUCCAAGACGGAGGCCUCACGUUUUCAAAGCUGCUUGCACUUUCAACAGCCAAUGGUCAUAUAACCACAAAGCCCGGUGCCACUGGUGGCAAGGUCGUGCUUAGCACAGCUAAUGGUGGUAUCACAACACAGGAACUUAUUGGUCACGACGUCGCGUUAUCGUCUUCCAACGGUCAUAUUGACUCUAACAUCAAAUCAUUGACCGGUAAUCUGGACGUCUCCACCGCGAAUGGCAAGAUUGACGUCAGCGUCGCGUCUAUCUUGGGUACUUCCAAGGUUGAGCUCUCCACAUCAAAUGGAGCCAUCGCAGCAAAUCUGAUAGUGUGUAUAUAGCUCAUUUUCCCGCCCUUUCACAUAGCCCGAUUCCUUUGAAUCAUCAUUUGAUAUCUCCACAGUCAUGGGCAGAAUCCAUGUCAAGAGCGACCAUCCAGGAAAAGUCCAUUACAAAGGCUCACGUAGCAGCCGCCAUGUGCAAGGUUACUAUGGUGAUGAGGAUAAGAGGACCGGCAACAUUGUGAAACUCAAUACAGUUAUGGG